UCACGCAAGGCACCAAGGCCAAUGGUGCUGCACGCACUGCCAACAACGGAAACGUCAUAAAAAGGUUGGUGGCGCGGAUCGCAACGACGGAAGACUUGUGGGCUGACAUGACGGAAACAGACUGCAAUCUGAGCUCAUGACUCUGAUGACCACACCAACUCCUGGUAUCAACGCUUUUCCUUCAGGAGCUGACAUCACGAAAUGGAAUGCGACCAUUGCCGGCCCAAGCGGCACGCCCUAUGAAAACCUCACAUUCAAACUCAUUUGCACUUACCCUUCCAAUUAUCCUUUUGCACCACCAGAGGUCCUCUUCCAGACACCAAUCUAUCACCCGAACGUAGACAUGAGCGGGCGAAUCUGUUUGGAUAUCCUGAAGCCAGCUGGGCCAGGCAAGGAGGGCGCGUGGAGUGCUGUACUCAACACCAGCAGUGUGCUGCUCAGUAUCCAAAGCUUGCUUGGAGAGCCAAACAAGUGAGUUCGGUUAAGCGAAACUUAGGUCGACCUCCACUGACAUCUCGCUAGUGCCUCGCCACUAAACGGCGAAGCUGCCCAACUCUGGGAUCAUGACCAGGCUGAGUUCAAGAAGAAGGUGCUGUCUCGUCACCAGGAACCAUCCGAGCUUGAGGAC